AUGAAAUUAAAAGAAAAAUUUUACGAUAAACCAGAUGCCACAACGGUUUCUUUGCUUCAAUCUAUCAAAAUGAAUCCGUAUUUCUAGAAGCUAAUUUCAUUUUCAUUAAAUUGCCUUUUCUCAUAAAUGUAUUUACCCAACAACAAACAUCGAGAUAAUUCCAUCUACAUUUUCAAAGGUAAUGGAAUAAUGAUCUUAAAGAGGGAUAUUCUAUUCUAAUUCAGUGUAUUGAUAAUCAUAGGCAAAGUGAUCAAGUCAUUCAGAAUGUGUGUGGUUGUUUGAACAGAAUGAUUGGUUUGCAUAAAUUUAGAGAUGAAUUCAUCGCCAGGAAUGUUAUUGAUAGCAAUCUCAGCCAUGUCAUCUCAUCAAUAACUAAUAGAUAACUAUCAUAGGAAGCCAUUAAAGUAAAUUGUCUCCUAUUGUAUAGUCAACACUAGACCUUUAUUAAAAUCUCACCUUUACUUAGCUCCAAACGGAUUCGCUUGCAAAAUCCAAUAUUUUGGUGGGAUUCGUGUAAAUUUUAAUAGUUUCCAAACCUUUGAUUUUAGAAAUGAAAAGGAUAUUCGAUUUGGAAUAUAAAAUGCUAAGUAGAUUUUUAGAUCUAUGAAAUUAGUAUAGGAAUGUACAAUUGAAAAUAUCAAUAUUCACGAACUCAUUACUAUCUAUAUAUAAUUGAUGUAAGAGUACAUCGAUAAUAUAUUUGUUAUAAAAGAAACUUUAAGAAUAUUAUUGCUUUUAGUAAAUAAUCAGAAUGCUCUAAAAGUCAUAAAAUAGAAGCAAUCAAUUCCUUUAAAAAUAAUGAGUGAGAUUUUAAUCUAGCAUAAUGAUGUAAGUGUAUAAUUUGUAUACAGAUCGAUGUAAAUGACAAAGGGGCUCAGAUUCUCUAAAGCAUCAUAAACAUAGAAUAAGUCUAAUAAAGUAUCCAAUCAAUUAAAUCACUUGAUUAAUAAGCUGAGUUUUCAAUGAGUCUUGUCGCAUGCUUGAUACCAGCUAUUCAUAAUUAAAUCAAUUUAGACGAACUAAUUAAUAUAUUAUUUGACUUAGUUAAAGGAUAUAAGAAAAUAGUCAAAAGAAAGCCAAUACUAAGAGAUGCUCUUAACUGUUUGAGCAGACUCUAUGAUCAAGAUCAAGAUUAUGUAAAUAUUUCAAAUUGAUUUUUAGGCUAUUAAAUUGAAAUAAUUUUUGGCUCUUAUGAUGGAAUUAUAUGAAAACGAAGAUGCUGAGGUAGUGGCUGCAUCAUUUGAUCUUAGUAGAAAACUUGGAACUAAUCUUACCAUAGAGGAACUCAAUAAGAUAAUUGAAAAGGUUAUUGCAUAAUUAGCAUAAUUAAAAGGAGUCAAAGAUGGACUUAGAUUAUUAUUGACUUAUGCAAGCAAGAAUGACAAGACUUUUAAAGCGAUUGCGAAAGGAAAGGAAGCUUUUUUUAAAAUUAUUGAAAAUGUGAAUAAUCAAACUUCUUAAGAGUACAAUUCAAAAUUAUUAUUAUUAAUUCAUCAAGAGAUAAAAGAUUAUAUAAUAAAGAAACUUUCUGUCAUAGUUCAAUUUAUAUAAAAACACUAUCUUUGGAAAAGAUCAUUGCUGUAUUACAUUUAGAUUUUAAAUAAAUAUCCAGAAUAGGUAGCCUAACUCAAAUCAAAUUUGAUGAUUUCUAUUCUAUCAUGCAAAAAGAACAAAGGUAAUUAUCCUUAAGUUAAAUUUAGAUUACAUUAGUAUUGUCAGUACUUUAAAACAGGUGAAAACUGAUUCUGAACCUGAGGAAGAUGAUCCAGAAGAAGUAGCAAUAGAAUUUCAGUAAAAUGAAGAAUUAGAACAAUAAUUUAUUAUUUUAGUGAGAAAUUUAACCAAAUAAGAUGAUGUAAAAGCAUUGCAGAAAGAAAUAAUAGGAAACAAAUAUAAUGAUGAGCUAUCCUAAGUAAUGCUUGAGAUCCAAUUGCUCAAACUCUCUUAUUAUGUGUAAAUUGAAGGAACCUUUUACUUGUAAAAUGAUUAUUUCGCUGAAUUAAUGAAUUACUUAUUGAAAUUUCUAAAAUCUUAUAAAGCUGAGAUGAUCGAUAUUGUUUAAUGCAUAUUUCUAUUGUUAUAGACUAUGUCAACUUUGUAUUGGAAUGAUAAAACUGGUACUUUAUACACUCAAAAGAAAACAUCUUAGUUAUGUUUUGACUUUUUGUUUUAAUCACUUGAAAAUGAAGAACUUAUGGACUCUAGUUUGGACACCAUUUUAUUUAUGGGUUAAGGUUGUAAGAAUACAAAUAGAAAGCAACACUACUUAUUGGACAUUCAAGAUAAUCAAUAUGUUAUUUAAUUAAUAAGUUAAUUGUAAAUCUUAAUGAAAAAAUAUGUCCAAAAAGAGAGAAUUUAGUUGAAAAUCCUAGAUGUUAUUAAGAUAUAUCUACUUUUUGAACUGUUUAAAUAAAAUGUAAGAGAUCUCCCAAAAAUUCUAUGUAGAAAAUUACCAGAAGACACAACAACUAAAGAAAUGGGAUUGGAAACUAUUUAAAUAUUGUCUGACAUUAAUUACACUGAUAAUGCACUAAAAUAUGUUACGCUAUUUUAAUUGCAGCAUUAAUAUGAUAUUGAAGUCAUCAAUUAAGUCAUCCCUUAUAUUGAUACGGUGUAAAAAUAUGAGGGGGAUUCCUUUUUAACAGAGGAGAUAAAGAAAUAAAUAAAAUAGAUGAUUCAGUAUUUCGAAGAAAUGGAGGAUCCAGAAGUAGGAGCUGAGUACAUGGACAAGCUGAGUGUUUAUUCUACAAUUCCAUAAGCCUUGGAAUAUGAAUUUGAUUGCAAUAUCCUUGAUUCCUUAGUAAACGUUCUAAAAUAUUGCGAAUUAGAGAAGAGUAAAAUAUAUUAUAGAUAUUUAGAUAAUGAUAGGCUUUUAUGUUCUUCAAUUAAUAUAUUAACUUAAAUGUUGAUAAAUAAUUAUAUUGAGCCAAUAGAAUUGGAAAAGUGCUUCUAAUUCUUAUAACAAAAAAGACAUAGUGAAAAUCCUGUAAAUUUAUUAACAUUCUAUCUUUCCAAAGGGGAGGCAGUAAUUACGUCAGAUUACCUUUAAUUUAUAUUGUAAGACUAUUACUUAAUAUUAGGGAUCUGAUGGAAGAAUACUAGAAUAACAAAUUUGUUAUAGCAAAUUUGUAUGAUAUAUUGUACAGGUCUUGUUUGAAGUCGAAAGAUAUUAGUAAAAUUCUGGGAGAUAAAAGAUUUAUUUAGAAAUUAAUAUUAUAAACUUAAGAAUUAGUAAUUGAAUAAAGCAAUGAAGAAUAGGCGAAAAAGAACUUAGCAUGGUUAGAAAAUUUAUCUUAAUCUGAACCUGUGGCUCUUAGAAUCUAAAGAGAAAAAGGUAGAGAAUUAUGUUAGUUAAUAAUUAAAUAAAAUAGUGGCCAUACUAUGUUUGCCUUUAAAAUAUUGGCCAAUUUAGCUAAAUUCUGUUAGUCUAUUCCUUUAAGCUAUUUUCUGGAAUUUUUAAAAUAAAAUUAAUUUCCUUUAGAAAUAUUAACUUCUCUCGAUAUUCUAUUUGAAAAUGAGGAGAUGAAACAAGAGUUUCUAAAAUAAAAUGGUUAAUAGCUCUUACAUUAGUGGUAAAAUGAUUAUCCUGAUUAAUGUGAUAAACUGCAUCAACACUUCAAACCUAAAUAACCUGUGAUACCAAGAUAAUCCCUGCUAAAAUAGAGACAAUCAUUAUUGUAAUAAAAAUAGUUAUUAUUGUAAUUGAAAUAAGAAAAAGAGGAGUAGGAGAAAUAAGAGAAAUAAUAGAAAUUAGAGUAAAGUCAAGAUAAAGAGAAUAUUAAUGAGAGUUAGUAGGUCAUUCAAUAGAUCCAAUAGCCUGAAUAGAAUUAAUAAUUAAUUAAGGAUUGUUUAGAAUUAGCAGUUAAAAAUCCAUAGUAGAUAAUAGAUGAAGGAAUGUUGGAAAGAUUAUUUUAAAUUGAGGAUUCUUGGGAGGUUUUUAGAAGACUGACUAAACAUCAAGAUAUAGCUGAAUAGGUUUUAUAGCCAAAUUCAAAACUAUAUUAAAAUACUCUUGAUGAAUUGAAAAAUUAAGAUUCUAAAUUUGCUGAGUAAGUGUUAGAAACAGCUGGAUAAAUAUCAUAAGUCCCUGAAACACUUAGUGAAUUUGCUUAAACUGAAGGACCAAUUUCAAUGGUGAACUUGAUAUAACAUUAAGCUGAAAAUCCAAAAGUAGUUGAAGCUGGUUUAGAAGCUUUAAAAAAAUUAUGCCAAGAUGAAAUGAUUUUAAGUACAAUAGGAGAUUCAAAUGGAAUAGAUUUGCAGAAAGAUCUACUCAGUAAAUAUUAGAAUAAUAUUGAAAUUAUUAAAAAGUGUGAUGAAAUGAUCUAAUAAUUAUCAGUAUCAGAGUCUUAUUAGGAUAAAAUUGCUGAAUUAGGAAUCAUUCAAUAAUUGAUUGAAUAAAUAACAUAACAUCCCAAUACUCUUGAGGUUGUGUAACCAGCUAUUGAAGCAUUAGCAAAAAUUGUCUAUAGAAACGCUGAUAAUGGAACUGUUGUGAUGGAGAGUAAAAUUUUGGAUGAAAUUCAGCAAUCUUAAAUUUUAGAUGAUUUGGAAGAACCGUUGUUGACUUUGAUCAAUAAUAUGUGCUAUAAGAAUGAGGAGAUUAAAAAAUAGAUGAAAAUAGAAUAUCUUAUCCAAAUUUUGAGAAAGAACAUUUAAUAUUUUAAAUAAAAAUCUUUCGAACAAUGUGUCAAUACAUUAUUUCAUUUGGCUUCAUAUACAUAAAAUAUCUAAAAGAUGAUUGAGUAGAAAUUAUUGGAAAUUAUCAAUGAAUUCAUCAAAAAGCAUCAAAAGGAAAUUGAUUCCAUAUUACUAUUACUGAAUUUAGAAUUGAAAAUAGCUGCUUAAAUAAAUGUUCCAAUUGAUAUCCAAACUGUGGAAUGUACAUUGAUGUAAUUAUUAUGUAUAAUUUAGAUGUUUGUAAGUAGAAAAACUUGAAUAAUAAGCCCUUCGUCUAAUCAGAUAGAUCUUAGCCAACUGCUAUCAGUUUAUUGAUAAAUUGAAUGGAUUCACUUAGAUUGCCAAUAUUUUGAAGAAAGCAGAAUUAAGUUCUUGUGUUCUUACUCUUGAUGUUAUGCUUAAGAUGGCAGCCAUUAAUAAGGAAUCAAUCUCUAAGUUUGAGUAAUUAAACGUAGGGCUAGACUUUUCAGAAAUAUUGAGAGUAAAUAAAAACGAUAAGAAAUUAUAUGAUUAAAUUUUAGACUACAGUUUAAAAUUGUUUAACAAAACUAACGAAUUAGCAAAUUAAUUGAUGAUAUUUAUUUAGUAAAAUGAAGUUACUGAAUUACAAAUUGAUAAAACCUUGUUAAUUGUGGAAUAGGUGGAUGACAAUGAAAACUUUAUACCUACAUUGAUUGAAUUAAUAUAAAAGAAUAAUCACAAACAUACGAAAACAAUUAGUGUAAGAGCUUAGCAAUAUAUAUUAGAUCAUACUAUCUAGAGAAUCAAAAGUCUUCCCUAAUUAAAUAUUUGUCAAUAAAGGAGUUGAUGCUUGUGUAGCAGAGGUCUUAGUUACAAAAGAAAAAGAGGUUCUAAUGAAUGUAAAUCUUAUGCUUUUCUUUAGCUUGCCACAAUUAUACUUGAUGUUGCAAAAUCGUUGGAAGAAUACAGAUAAAAUAUUGCUGAAUAAUUUCUAAAUUAAUUGGAAAAACUUAAUGAGCCAGUCUUAAAUGAAUUAAUUAAAUUUUUAUAAGGGCCCAAAAAGCAAUUAUCCAAAUUAACUGAUGAAAUCAAAAACUUUUUAUAAAAAGGAGAGAUUCUAAAAAUGUACAAGGAAGAUGGUAGUCGAGGCUAUUAUAGGUUCUUUUGCGAUGAAACUCUAUAGCAAAUAAGAUGUAGAUAAGAAAGUACAAAAUUGGUUAAACAAAAAUGGAUCUUGAAAUUAAAUUAAAUUCAAGAAAUUAAAGGAAAUUACGACAAAAAAUCAUUAUCAUCAAGUGCAUUUGAAAAUCAAAAUUGGUUGGUUAAAUAAAUUCAUAAAAUGAAGCACAAGGGUAUAUAAUUUAGUUAUAAUAAUUUAGUAAUUGAGUCUGAUAGAUGUUUCACAUUAUUUGCAUAAAAGAAUGUGAAACCAAAAACAUUAAAUGCUCUAUGCAAAUCAGAAAGCUAAAAAUAAAAAUGGGUUGAAUACAUUAAAAUUUUGAUUGAUGAAUAACCGCUUUUAAUGUAAUAAUGAUUAUG